GGUUCGACAUUAGUCAGAUAGAAUUUCUUUGUUUUUGUUUUAAUCAAAAAUUUGAAUUAUGAACGAGUAUUUUUCAACGAAACAAUGUGAUUUCAUAAAAUCGCCGGGAAUUGUUAAACUUAUGAAUUGUGGAUCGUUGGAGAAUUUACACAGAAAUGCAAAUUUUCAACCGAAAUUUUCAGACGGGCUUUGUUUGGCAUACAAACACAUCUUAGCGCCAAAUGCAACCUUCAAUUUUAGAUAUGUGCUUAGCCAAACAUUACCAUCCGGAAUGCGAAUGGGAUGCAUAUUGAGGCCGAAGAUGAGAGAUCAUAUCAUUGACACGCCACAGUUAGAAGCUGACAUCAAUCCGAGUAGUUUGACAACAAAUUUGAGUGUCCAGUACCAUCCGAUCCCUGCACUUCGUCUCCGAUUUUCGGCUCAAUUGUUGCCGAGAGUAUGGCUUCAAAACGAUAGGGGUGAUCGAAAAUGGCACGACAAUAUUUCUCUUUGCGCUGAGUAUUAUGCCAGACAUUCCACAAGUACGAUAAGUCUGUAUAAUCCGAGUCCGAAUUCAGGCAGACUCACGUUAACACAAUUAAAAAGCUACUCGUCUAGAUUGGCAUUCGGAUUUGAGUUACUGACGGAAUGGGAGAACCAUAAUCUAUCGGUUAUUAUACCGGCUAUUGGUGGAAGAUAUUUUCUACGAGACAAAUCAAUAGCCGCCACACUGUCAUUUCGAGGGAUUGAUUUUACGUUUUGGCACUUAAUCAACUGCGACAAUCAACUCGCAACGUCGUUCAUAUAUAACCGUAAGAAUAACCGCUCACUCGGGACCGUUUUUUAUCAGUGGAUGUAUGAUGAUAUACGUGUACGAGGGUCUAUCGAUUCGGAUGGUGCAAUUGGUGUAACAUGUUUUAGUCGAAUCAAUGAUCUCGGAUGUAAUGCGGAACUGAGCUUGUUGCAUUGUAUACCAACACAAAAAUUUAGUCUCGGACUAAAGUUUGAAUUCGAUUCGGCAUUCGAUUAGGUGAUGGAAAUUUUCUUUUAUUUCUGGACUUUUUCGUUGGUUUUCAUUUUCCAUUGAAUUGGUACGGUAGUAACAUAAGUAAAGGCGAAGUUGAGAGAA